AUGUACUUGAAGAAGCCGCUAUGGAGUGAGGGAACGACAACACCGAAGGCCUCGGCGGAAUCUGAUUCAAACCCGCCCGCGACCGCCGUCAGCGAUCUGGUCAACUCGUUGACCACGCAGAGAGUGUACCGCGAGGUCACCCUCGCUCUCCGGAGCGGCCUGCGCGACGUUCGUGCCGAGUUCUCUUUCCUCCGAGUCCGCGGCCUCCGCAGCCUCCUCAAGUUCCUCCGAUCAGUCGCCGAGUCCGAUUCCACCAUCAACCUCUUCUCUCAGACCCAAUCGCUCCCUGAGCUUCAAGUGGUGCCGGUUCUGUUUCAAAACUCGCUGAAAGAUGCGGAGGAUGAGAUCGUGCGAAAUUUGGAUCACAUUUUCGGGGUCGAGCCUCUGAAGAUCACGAGCCCUUCAAGCGACUCUGAGGUUUCGCUUGCGCUUCGAGUUUUGGAGGGCUGUUGUCUGCUUCAUCCAGAUAGCGCGGUCUUGGCUCAUCAGCACAAGGCCAUUCAGGUGUUGAUGAAUAUACUGCCAACUCGAGGGGUGAUUGAGCAAAGCGCUUGCUUGGAUGCUUUGAUUGCAAUAAUGUUGGAUUCAUCAGCUAAUCAAAUGGAUUUUGAAGCGUUUCAUGGUAUUGAGGAAGUUGCAGAGCUCAUUAGAGACAAGCAAGUUGAUGAGAACCUCAGGUUGAAAUGUGGAGAGUUCUUGCUACUGCUCAUUGGGCAUGUAAAUGGGAGGGACAGGCCUCCCUUGGCAACUGUACAUGAAGACAUAAGGAGGCUUUUAGGUGAGAAAUCUGCUUCCUUGAUAUGGGCAGCCAGUCAAUUUGGUUCAACUCUUGAUCCGGAGCAGAGACUAACCGCGCUUCACAUCCAAGCUCGUCGCGUGAUAGAGUCCUUGGACCUGUACUGA